AUGGGACGCACCCUGAAAGUCAUGGUCAGCGACGGAGUUGAAGAAACGCGCCCGCAGCGGAUCCCGUAUUGGCGUAUCUUGACUGAUCAGGGCGUGGUUACUCCUGAGAUCACCGAGUAUCCCUAUGCUGGAUCAGGUACUGAAAAUGAUCCGUAUAUCGUGGAAUGGAUUCCGAAUGAUCCCCGCAAUCCCAUGCAAUUCAGCAGUGGCCUGAAAUGGUCGUACACGGUGCUGGUCGCCCUCGCCACCUUCGCUGUCUCCCUGUCCUCGUCCGCCUACGCUGGUGGCAUUUCCGAAGUCCUCUCGGACCUGGAUGUGAGUGAAGAGGUGGCCACCCUAGGUGUUUCACUCUUCGUGCUGGGAUUCGCCGUCGGACCGUUACUAUUCGCACCUCUGAGCGAGCUUAUCGGACGGCAGAUCGUCUUCAUCAUCACUUUCCUGUCACUAUCGGCCUUUUGCGCGGGCGCAGCAGGUUCCCAAAAUAUUUGGACCUUGAUCAUCCUGCGGUUUUUCGCGGGAUCCUUCGGCUCAUCACCCCUCACUAAUGCAGGUGGUGUGAUUGCCGAUAUCUUCCCCGCAGACCAGCGCGGUCUGGCAACCAGUCUCUUCGCAGGUGCUCCUUUCCUAGGACCGACCUUGGGACCGGUGAUCGGUGGUUUCCUCGGUGAGAACGCAGGUUGGCGAUGGGUCCAGGGGUUCCUGGCCGUCUUCACCGGGGUCAUUUGGAUGGCGGAAACGCUUUGCAUCCCCGAGACGUAUGCGCCUGUCUUGCUUCGCAAAAGAGCAGAGCGCUUAUCUUCAAUAAAUGGCAAGGUCUAUCGAAGCAAGUUGGAUAUCGACCGCGGCAAAGUUUCCGUUUGUGAUGCAUUUACGACUGCCCUCGGCAGACCUUGGAUUCUGCUCUUUUCCGAGCCCAUUGUUCUCUUGCUAUCGCUUUACAUGGCGAUCGUUUACGGAACACUCUACAUGCUCUUCGACGCAUUCCCCAUUGUUUUUCAAGAAAUCCGUGGGUGGAGUGAAGGCGUUGGCAGCUUGCCCUUCCUUGCCGUGAUGAUCGGUAUGAUGAUCGCAGUCGGUCUGAACAUGUACGACAACAAGCGCUAUGUACGCAUUCAUCACCAACACAACGGUUUUGCUCCACCUGAAGCUCGGCUCCCACCUACUAUGUGGGGUGGUAUCGCGAUUCCAAUCGGCCUGUUCUGGUUUGCCUGGACCAACUCCCCAUCAAUCCCAUGGAUCGUGUGCGUUCUCGCCACAGCCCCCUUCGGAUUUGGAAUGGUCUUCGUCUUCCUGGGAAUUAUGAACUAUCUCAUCGACGCAUACACUAUCUACGCCGCAUCGGUCCUCGCCGCCAACUCGAUCAUACGUUCGUGCUUCGGAGCUGGAUUUCCACUAUUCACGACCUACAUGUAUGAGAAUCUUGGCAUUCACUGGGCAUCUUGCGUGCCAGCCUUCCUCUCACUCGCAUGUGUUCCAUUCCCUUUCAUCUUCUACCGAUAUGGAGCCAGCAUUCGUCGAAAGUGCAAGUAUGCCGCUGAGGCGGAUGACUUUAUGCGAGCACUGGCCAAAAAGGCCCAUAACAGUGACCGGGUUGAGGAGAAGCUCCAAGAGGCUAUGGCAGACAAUGAGCCUGUACCGAUGCGCAUUGAACAGUCUCAGCAACGUGAGUCGAUUGACUGGGACACCUUGUCGGAGCGUGUUGAGACAACGUACGAAGCAAAUCCCUACGAUAUUGAUCGCGUGAAUACGCGGAACUCGGCAAUUACCCAGAAAUCGAAAUCCAAGUCCACCAAGGGCAGUGGGUGGAGGAUCUUCGGUGCUGGCAAGUCCUAA